AUGGCGAUCUUCAAAAGGAAUCCUCGCGCCACUGAUGCAGGCGACGCCGUGCGCAACGGCUCCACCAACGACGCCGACAGCGAUGCUGCUUCUGCAAAGGGUCUGCGCAAGUUUGCCCAGCGUAAACCUGCCAACACGGCAUUCAAGCAGCAGCGUUUGAAAGCAUGGCAGCCCAUCCUUACACCCCGAACAGUGUUGCCCGCCUUCUUCCUCGUCGCCAUCGUCUUUGCCCCCAUCGGCGCAGUCCUCUACUACUUCGCCGAGAAGGUCAACGAAUUCAGCCUCGACUACACCCAAUGCUCCACCGCACCCGCCUUCCCGACACAAGCCCAGAUCCCCUCGUCCAAGUACGACUAUCAGCUGCACGACAAGAACUCCUCCAACUUCCAGCCACCCACCUGGUCUUGGGACGCUUCCUCUCGCAAGUGCAACCUCUACUUUAGCGUCCCCGCGCGACUCGAAUCCAGCGUCUUCCUCUACUACAAGCUCACCAACUACUACCAGAACCACCGUCGCUACGUCAAGUCCCUCGAUUCCAGCCAGCUCAGCGGAGAUGCAGUUGCUUACGGUACCAUCUCUGGAGGUACAUGCAAGCCGGUGGACGUGGAUCCCAGCACGCAAAAGAUCAUCUACCCUUGCGGUUUGAUCGCCAACUCGGUCUUCAACGAUACGUUUGGUGAUCCCGUUCUGCUCAAUGUCGCCGGAUCCAACUCUCCCAACCAGACAUACGUCAUGAGCGAAAAGAACAUCAUUUGGCCGGGAGAAAAGGACAAGUACAAAAAGACCAAGUACAACGCCGAUCAGAUCGUACCCCCUCCUUACUGGCAAGGUGCUACCGGCAAGUACGGUUUCGGUAGCGGCUACACCGCCGACAACAUCUUUGACCCCAGCGAGGACGAACACUUCAUGGUAUGGAUGCGUAUCGCCGGUCUGCCGACCUUCAGAAAGUUGUACAAGAGGAACGAUACCGCAGCCAUGGAGCCAGGAAGGUAUCUGUUGCAAGUGGUGGACAACUAUCCGGUAGCCAUGUUCGAUGGCACCAAGAGUGUCGUCUUCAGCACAAGCAGUUGGGUCGGUGGUAGAAACCCGUUCUUGGGUCUGUCGUUCAUCGCCGUUGCCGGACUGGCGGUCUUGUUGGGACUUGUCUUCACCGCAAGGCAUUUGAUCAAGCCGAGAAAGUUGGGCGAUAUGAGCUACUUGAGCUGGAACCAGCCGGAGUCCAAGUGA